AUGACUAGAAAGCUGCUUCUCGUUUUGCUCUUUAUUGGUGCCAUUCUUUGCACCACUCAUGCAAGGAACCUUGUGAAGCAACAGGGUUCCUUUGAGGAGGAGAAGACUUUCUUCCGUAGAUAUGGUGGUGGGUUAGGUGGCGGUGGUGGAGUUGGAGGUGGUGCUGGUGGUGGAGGUGCAGGUGGUGGACUGGGUGGUGGUUCAGGAGCUGGGCUUGGUGGAGGAACUGGACUUGGAGGUGGAGCCGGUGGAGGAGCAGGUGCAGGUGGUGGACUGGGUGGCGGUGCAGGAGCUGGGAUUGGUGGAGGAGCUGGACUUGGAGGUGGCGCCGGAGGUGGCGUCGGUGGUGGUGCAGGAGCUGGGCUUGGUGGAGGAGCUGGACUUGGAGGUGGUGCUGGUGCCGGUGGUGGUGCUGGUGGUGGAGGAGCUGGACUUGGAGGUGGUGCUGGUGCCGGUGGUGGUGCUGGUGGUGGAGGAGGUGUAGGUGGUGGACUCCCUUGAG